AUGGCAAUGGCAAUGGCCAUGGCCCUGCGCAGGCUUUCUUCUUCCUUUGACAAGCCAAUUCGCCCUGCUCUCUUCAAAGCCACCUCCCUCUAUUACAUGUCUUCUUUGCCAAAUGAAGCUGUAUACGAGAAGGAGAAAUCUGCUGUCACUUGGCCAAAGCAGCUGAAUGCACCCUUAGAGGUUGUUGAUCCAGAGAUUGCUGAUAUUAUUGAGCUCGAGAAAGCAAGGCAAUGGAAGGGGCUUGAGCUUAUACCCUCAGAGAACUUCACUUCUACAUCAGUGAUGCAAGCUGUGGGUUCUGUCAUGACCAACAAGUACAGUGAAGGAUAUCCUGGUGCAAGAUACUACGGUGGAAACGAGUACAUUGACAUGGCCGAAUCCUUAUGUCAGAAGCGUGCUCUGGAAGCAUUUCGCCUGGAUCCUGCUAAAUGGGGAGUGAACGUGCAAUCUCUAUCUGGAUCUCCAGCUAAUUUUCAAGUCUACACUGCAUUGUUAAAACCUCAUGAAAGAAUCAUGGCACUUGAUCUUCCUCAUGGAGGCCAUCUUUCUCAUGGUUAUCAGACAGACACCAAAAAGAUAUCUGCAGUGUCGAUAUUUUUUGAGACAAUGCCAUACAGAUUGAAUGAGAGCACUGGGUAUAUUGACUAUGAUCAGCUGGAGAAAAGUGCCACUCUUUUCAGACCCAAAUUAAUAGUAGCUGGUGCUAGUGCUUAUGCACGUCUAUACGAUUAUGCACGCAUUCGCAAGGUUUGCAACAAACAAAAAGCUAUACUGUUGGCAGAUAUGGCACACAUUAGCGGAUUGGUUGCAGCUGGUGUCAUCCCAUCACCUUUUGAGUAUGCAGAUGUAGUGACCACCACAACUCACAAGUCACUUCGCGGGCCACGAGGGGCCAUGAUUUUCUUCAGGAAGGGAUUAAAAGAGGUUAACAAACAAGGGAAAGAGGUGUUUUAUGACUACGAGGACAAAAUCAAUCAAGCUGUCUUUCCUGGGCUUCAAGGUGGUCCACACAAUCACACAAUUACUGGUUUAGCAGUUGCUUUGAAGCAGGCUACAACUUCAGAGUACAAAGCGUAUCAAGAGCAAGUGCUUAGUAAUUGCGCAAAAUUUGCCCAGAGUUUAGCUGAGAAAGGCUACGACCUUGUUUCUGGUGGAACUGAGAACCAUUUAGUUUUGGUGAAUUUGAAGAAUAAGGGUAUAGAUGGCUCCAGAGUUGAAAAGGUGCUCGAAUCUGUUCACAUUGCUGCAAACAAAAACACAGUUCCUGGAGAUGUGUCUGCCAUGGUUCCUGGUGGCAUCAGGAUGGGUACGGGCCUCUACUUGACACGACAACCGACUUUUCUUGAUAAAUGUAAUUGCACAUCAGGAACUCCGGCUCUUACUUCUAGGGGAUUCGUUGAAGAGGAUUUUGCUAAGGUGGCAGAUUUCUUUGACGCUUCUGUCAAGUUGGCGGUGAAGAUCAAGGCUGAAACCACAGGUUUGUACCUCUCCAGUAUCUUCGCUGCCUCCCCCAGAGCUGCUUUUGAUUUGGUUACUGCUCGUGGCCAUUCUUGGCCAAGCAAUUCUUGA